UAUAACCUAAAAAGAUAACAUUAAAUAAUAAAUAAACAAAUAAUUUUUAAUUUUAACAAAACAAUGGCAAGAAACUUAAUAUAUUUCAAACCAUUCUGUAGAUUAGUACAUUUAUCAUGUUUCAAUUCUGCCAAUAUUCACAGAACUUUUCGUAAAGUUCUAUCAUCAAAUACUUCAAAGAAGAGGAAAUUAAAAUUUCAAGAUUUUCCGGUACUACAAAGUUCUAAUAAUUUCAAGCAAGUGGAAGAGAAAUAUAAAUUCAAACCUGUCUUCAGAAGAGUCAAUGUAUUGAAUAAAAUGUUUAUGAGAUACAUAACUGAUUUAAUCGUAAAUGGCGAAUACUGGGAGAAAUAUAGCAAUCUUGGAAUCGAAAUAACAAAGGUUGGGAUAUCUCCAGAUUACAAGAAGUUGAAUAUAUUUUGGAUCAGUAAAAAAUCUGGGAAUAGAAAUGAAGUCUUGAGUUUCCUGGAAGAAAAUAGCUUUGCUCUACGACAUGAGCUUUCUCAAUUGAAAGUUGUUGGAGUAGUUCCACCGUUGGGAUUUGUAGAAGAUAAGCAUUACACCCAAAUUAUGGAAUUGGAUAAAAGAAUGACACAAGCUGAUUAUGGAGAAGAAUAUGAGCCAUUAUCAGUCAGUAGAUUGAAGCAUCAAUUAGAACUGUUUUGUCCACUUGAGGAGAAUGUGAAGAAUCAACUGGAAAAACUUGAGUUGAACAAAGAAGAAGAGAUUGUGGAUAUGGAAUUACCGGAGAUGCCUGAAAAUGUACUUGGUUUACAUCGUUCAGAUAUAAUGAAAAAGAUAUCGCAUCAUAAGAAACCACAAUCAGUUAAUAGUAUUUCAGGAGAUAGCUUCAUGCCUAGGAAAUCCGUUGAAAAUGCAGAAGACACAGCGUUAUCCAGAGAUGCAUUCAAAACUUUCCUUCAUAAACGUCAGAUAAUCAGCCAAAAAAUGAAGACAGAAGACAAAAAUUAUACUCCAGAUAAGGAAUAUAUAAAAGGAGAAUUGGAAAGAUCGUUCGAAGAACAUUAUGAUAAUAUUGAGAAGAACCUGGAUAAGUUUGAUGAUUAUGUUGAAGAGGAAAUUGAUGAGAAGUAAACAUUUCAUUAUCACGAAUAUUAUUACAUAAUAUAAUAUUAUGUUAUAAAGUGGCACAGCCAACAUUUUGUUUUGGGGCUGCUGUACACCGAUCGAUAAUGUGAUUUGGCGAAAGCUUCUUCACCAGAAAAAAAUUUGAAUUGGUAUCUAGCUGCGCCAGUGAUGUUAUGUAUAUACUUAUUAUAUUAUAUUUUCAGGGGUAUGCUAAUAUGUAUAAUAAAGAUGACUGAGAUUGAA